CUGCUUUUCUCUUCCGCUCCGCCUCCUUCCGCCUGACAGUAGAGACCGGAAAUAAAUCUGCCCCUAGUUGCCGAGGUGCCUUGCUGGCUGCUGCUGGCCGAGGAGGUCCCAGUUAAAGAGGAAGAGCAGUGUUCACGUAUCUGGCCAGGGGCUGAGGCACCAGUCACCUACACUGCACCUGGUUUCAGGUGUCUACAAAUUAUGAGGGGCCACCCUUCCCUGCUGCUGCUCUAUAUGGGGUUGGCCACCUGUCUGGACACCUCUCACAGUGGAGAGCAAGACCAAGGCCCAGAAGUCUUUCUUGGCCCCUCAGAGGCCCAGAGGUUCCUGAUGAGCCACAGGCGGGUUCCCCGAGCCAAUCACUGGGACCUGGAGCUGUUCACGCCAGGGAACCUGGAGCGGGAGUGCAUCGAGGAGCAGUGUUCCUGGGAGGAAGCCAGGGAAUACUUUGAGGACAACAUCCUGACGAAGCGCUUCUGGGAGACCUACCCCUACAAUGGCAAAGGAGGGCAGAGACGAGUGGACGGAGCAGCCCUGGCUGUGGGGCUGACAUCUGGCAUCCUGCUCAUCGUGUUGGUCAGCCUGGGAGCCUUCUGGUAUCUACAUUAUCGGCGGCACCACACCCCAGGCCAGCAGCUGAGUCCCCAAGAGAGCAGCCUCAUCAGCCCUCUGAGCCCUCCGACGCCCCUGCCUACUUCCCGACCCCCAGGCCUCCCGACCUACGAGCAGGCGCUGGCGGCCUCUGGGGUGCACGACGCACCUCCACCCCCUUACUCAAGCCUCAGGAGGCCUCAGUGAAGAGCUGCCGCUGAGCCGGGCUCCCCGAACCGUGCCCCCGAUUCACAACGGAUUCCGGAAGCCCCCAGGCCUCUUAAAAGUCCCGAGCUGAGCUGGGGGUGGGGGAAGAUCAGGGGUCGUCCCACCCGAGGCCUACCCUGGCACACGUGUUUCCGCCGCGUACGGACACACGCAUCUACGUGUUGCAGAACCCGGGUGCCUGCCCCUCGCGCGCCCCCUCCCAACUGGGGGGACACCGACCAGUCCGGUCCUCAGGAUAGGUAUGCGUGCAGGUCGGGCGAGCCGACUUGCGUAUGGCCAGAUGUGACUCGACCAUCGCCCUCCGGUGCCACGGGGCACGUACACGCGGAGAGCCCCGCCCGUGCACACGCGUGUCUUCCUCUAGCCCCUGUGCGCGCACAGGGGCCCUUCAUAACCCAGGGGAAGGGUGGGGGGCGUAUUUGCAAGUGUGCUGGAGAGGGCAGGUGCUCAGGCUGUACCCGGGGAACCGGAGUUGAGCUGUUCCAGAUAAAAACCCUUUGGAAAGGAAACUCCUCCCCCAACAAAAAGGCCGAAACAAUGCAAAAAUAAAUAAAAAUCUAAUGAAUUGAA